AUGAAUCCAUAUGCCUUUUGUCCAGGAAGUAUUAAUUCUUUCAAAAUUCCCUUGAAUCUACCAUAUACUACUUCUUUUAUUGGUUCUCCAAUGAUUAUCCUUACUCAGAUUAGGUGGAUCAUUUUUCUGUUUCGAAAGGAGGUUGGUUGUGCUAUUAUUGUUAUGGUAAUUUUGCUUAUCAUAUCGCUGCAUCAUAUUUUUCCUUUGAUUUUCAUGAAUGUGAACCUCAUAAGUUUCAGUGGUUUGAUUGACAUCAUAUGUUUGGUUUUGGUUGUCCCUAACGGUAAUCUAGGUGUGAAUCCUUUUUCCAGUUGGGGCAUAAUUCUGCAUCGAAUGAAGUCUGCUCAUACUAGUAUUCUCCUGGAGGGUUUGAUUAUCUUCUCGGUGCAAACUUAUUUUUCUUUAAUUAAUAAGACUGUUGUCCUCAUAAAUCUUAUUGGUAUGUUUGAGAACUUUAGUUUGGUGCUAGUUAUCCCUAUCAGUAGCCCAAUUAUGAAGCUUUUUUAUCAUUUGGGUCAUUGCUCUGCUUCAAAAGAAUGA